GCCAGUGGUAGAAACCGAGCAGCACAUGGUUCUGUUGUCAUUUUACCAGUUCUUUUCUUUGUGUGUACGUCGCCGUCAACGCGUAACGCGCACAUCAAGCUCAACAUUAACUUAAACCUAGAAUUUUUAAACAUUUUUUUAUAGUUCGUUCACUAAAAUAGACACAGUGAGUGUGUGGCACGAUGACUUUAGUUUCCAAAAAACUCUAUUUUCAAGUGAUUUGUCUUUUAUGUGCUAUUUGUGUCGCCCAAAUCGGAACGUCUUCUUCGUCAGAAGAAAUUGACGUUGCCUUACCGACAUUCGAAAGCUCUCGAGCUUUAAAAGAUGAAUUUAAUAUGGAUAAUAAAUGGAAGGCGGUUGAUCCUGUGCCUUUAGAUACAAGCGGAUGGAUUCCCGAAUUAAAUCCACAACCGGAAACUGUACCUAAAGAUGGUGAAGUCCCAAAACGGCGCAGAAUACGAAAAAGAAAACGUCGCCCUCCCAUGGUUUCGUUAACGGAAACUCAACAAAAUCAAGAAGAAGAAAAAACUCUCCCAACUAACACAAGAAGAAGACCUCAGCUAGAAGAACAACAAAUGUGGAAUGAAAUGAUCCAUGAAGAACGUGUAACUAAUUACAAACGAAGAAGGAUUAUCCCAACUUAUCAACCCCACAUCGAAAAAGAUGACGUAAAAGAAGGCACUCAAACCGAAAAAGGUGUUUUAAUAGACAAUGAAGCUUUAAAUUUAAAAAUGUUAUUAAAACAAGCUGGAAGUUUAAGCGAAAUUUUACAGAAAAGGAAUUUAACUUUAUCGGACCUCUUGAAUGGCGAAAAGAAAGCACUUUAUGCUUUAACCGAGAAAACGAAUGAAGUUGAAAGUAUAACUGAAUAUAAAAAUCCCGUUGAAGAAGAACACGAAAUCGAAAUUAUAACGAAACCUCCCGAAAAACCCGAAAUUGUUAAAGAAGUAAAUGUGCAAAGUUUGUUUAUAAAUCAAAACAACCUCAAAUAUAACGUUAAUGUUUCUUCGAAUAACCAAGAAAAACCGAAUAAAUUAGGAAACAUAAUCGUAAUUGACUACAAACCGAAUAUAAACGAAUUUGGAAAUGAUUUUUAUCGGGAAUCAACAUCUCAUGCAGAAUCAUCGACGAAAGCGCCCAAAACAUCACAAACAAUUCGAUUACCGGUUACAAACGCGAAAUUAAAUCGAUAUUCAAUCCCGAGAAUUAUCCCAAAUAAAAAUAAUUCCCCACAUACUCCGGAACCCCCAAAACCUUACAGCAUUCCAGUUAGUGAACUCUUAAACAUCUUAAUGGGGCCCCCAAAAGAAACUAAAAAAGAAGACGAACCACUAAGAAUGUCGUUCGAUCUUAAUAAAGUUUCAGAAGAAAAAAAUAAAUUUGAAGAUGUAACUGAAGCAAUAAAAACGAUCGAAUUAUUAAGAACAACCGGAUUAAUUCGAACAACCGAAAGAAUCCCCGAAAAAAUCGCAGCAAUAACAGCCAAAGAUGAAAUUUUCGAAAUCUUAAAAGAUAUAAACACGAAAGAAAGUUUAACAAAAAUAUUAACAAAUCGUAAUAUGACUAUUGAUGAUUUAGUUGAGUUGCGGGAACGAGGAUCGAGUCAAAAACACCUUGCAGAUCUUUUCCACAAUAAAACUAAAGAACCCGAACCUGAAAAAGUUUUUAUCGGAAAAUUUGUUCAUUUUAAACCGACGGAAAGGGUGCCGAAAAGUCGACGACCAACGGAGGUCGUUAUCACAACGAAAAAAUCAACCACCGAAAGUUCAGAUGAAGAAAACUUGGAAGAAAAUCAAGAUAAAAGUAAAUACACCAUAACCAGUUUUCCAACGUAUAAAAUUGAAAUGGAUAAAAAAUACAAAGAAGUUAUAUCAGAAACGAUAUGGAAAGAUUACGAUAAACUUUAUCAUAGCACGCAUCAAAAAGGAACGGUUGAAAAUCUUGAUGAAAUCGAAGAUGUAUUAACCGUCAACGACGAAAUCAGUUCUAAUUCGAUAUCGGAAAAUGGUAACGAAAAAUUAAAUAUUGAUGAACGUGAUAAGUUGCAAGAUGAAGAAGGAAAUAUUUUUAUAAAACUUCCUUACGGCGUUAAACAUGCGAUUCUAGCUAGUUUACUUAUUAUUGGAGUGUCCUUAUUUAUAUUCGUAACCAUUUUGGUUAUUUUUAAAUGGUCCCAAAAGCAUAAACGGAGACUCUGCUACAACGGGAGUUUUAGCUGCACAAAAUUCAAUUCUAUAUUAGAAGAUGGGCAGAAGAGAACUUUUAAAACUUUCGUGUCGGAAACUUUGGGUAGGAAAAAACAUUUUUACAAACAGCACUUACAAAGUAUGUCAGAUACGUGGGAAAAUGAUAAAAAACCUUUCCAGUGAUAAAAAAAAAUAUUUUUUUGAUACACUAUGUAUAAUUUUUGAUGAAUUAUUUUAUAAGUAUUUGUGUGUUUUCUAGUGCAAUACGAAUUUAAUGUUGUAUUUAAGGAUUUAGAAUAAGAAAAUUAAAGACUUCUUAUUGAAGAGUGAUUAUUAAAAAAAAUAUGUGUGGAAAGGUAAAAUUUACCAU